CACGUCGACCAGCCGCCGCCACUUGUGCAAGUGCAGGCGCGCCGCGGAGUAUUUGUGCGGCCGUGGUUGCUCCUUGGACUGGUGGAUGGGCACCAACGUGGAGGAGCGGAAAAGAUCUCACGCCCCCGCCGUCGUCUAUAAAUACGCGCCCGGACGAGGGGAAGCAAACCACGCUGCCUCGUCGUCCCCCUCCGUCGUCUCCCUUGGUCCGUACGUACGUACUUGGAGGAGCUGAAAGAACGCUCGAACCGAGAGCUCGAUUGUUUGGCGCGAGCUUGCUAGCAUGUGUGCCGGCGACGGCACCAGGGAGCGCUGCGCAUGCGCGCUGUGCGGCGCGGCGGCGGACGUGCACUGCGAGGCGGACGCGGCGUUCCUCUGCGCGCCGUGUGACGCCCAGGUGCACGGCGCCAACUUCCUCGCGUCCCGCCACCGCCGCACGCGCGUCUCGCCGACGCCUAAGGGCGUGGGCGUCAUGUCCAGGACUGCUACGACGUCGAGCUCCUGCGUGUCCACGGCUGACUCCGCGACGACGGCGGCGCUGCACGGCAGGAAGACGACGCCGCCGCCGGCUAGGAGGCGCGCCGCGCGGGGCGAGGCGGUGCUUGACGGCUGGGCCAGGCGGAUGGGCCUCGAGGCGGGGGCGGCGCACCGCUGUGCAACCGCUGCCAGCCGCGCGAUCCGGGCCCAGGUAGCCGCGGCCAUGCCACACGUGCCGCUGCGUGUCGCGAUGGCUGCGGCGCUGUGGUCGGAGGUGGCGGCUCAUGGCGUCCACGAGCCCGGCGAAGCGCUCCGGCGCCUGGAGGCCUGCGCGCACGUGCCGGCGAGGCUCCUCGUGGAGGUGGCUCCGCUGUCGACGAUGGGGAACGCGCGCGGGAAGAAGAGGACGGCCGCAGUGGACGCCGCCGAGGACGGCUGGGGCGAGUGCUCGAUCGUGAGCCCACACAAAACACCAUCUUCUCCAAGACACGAGCUUCUCUUGUUCGUUUAGUACUACAGUACUACUACUAGUAAGUUCUACUGUAGCUCAGAUGAUCAAAUUACAACCAAAGAUAUACGUGACGUUACUGUGUAUUAAAUAUAACAUGAAUAGAAUUGCGAGGCAUAUGCAUGAAGUAUAACAUGCAAAAAAAAUC